AUGGCUUCCAGCACCAGCCGUGAGGACUUUAACAAAGUCUUCCCCGCAAUUGUUGAAGAUAUUAGCGAGCACUCGAAACAAUAUAACAUUCCUGCAUCGGCUCUGGAAUGGCUUCAGAAGAACUUGAACGAAAACACCCCUGGAGGGAAACUGAAUCGUGGUCUCUCAGUCCCGGAUACCGCUCUUGCGCUCCUGGAGAAACCCUUGAAUGAGGAACAGUUCAAGCAUCUUGGUCUCCUUGGAUGGAUGACUGAGCUCCUACAAGCAUUCUUCCUCGUUUCAGACGAUAUAAUGGACAGCUCCAUCACCCGCCGUGGAGAGCCGUGCUGGUACCGCCGCCCCGGGGUUGGCAUGAUUGCAAUCAACGACGCGUUCAUGCUCGAGUCCUCUAUCUACGUCCUUCUCAAGAAACACUUCCGCUCUCACCCCGCCUACAUCGACCUUGUCGAACUUUUCCACGAGAUCACCUUUCAAACCGAACUCGGCCAACUCUGUGAUCUCAUCACUGCCCCUGAAGACCACGUUGACCUAGAUAACUUCAGCAUGGACAAGUUCAACUUCAUUGUUAUCUACAAGACGGCUUAUUACAGUUUCUAUCUCCCUGUUGCGCUUGCCCUGCACUAUCUGCAACUUGCUACCCCCAAGAACCUUCGUCAAGCCCAUGAUAUUCUCAUCCCGCUGGGCCAAUACUUCCAGGCUCAAGAUGACUACCUGGACGUGUUUGGAAAGCCAGAGCAGAUUGGCAAGAUCGGUACUGAUAUCCAGGAUAACAAGUGCUCGUGGGUAGUCAACCAGGCUCUGAAACUCUGCUCCCCCACCCAACGCAAGGUCCUCGAUGAGUGCUAUGGCAGAAAGGAUGCUGCCAUGGAAGCCAAGGUGAAGGCUGUUUUCAACGAAUUGAACAUCCAGAAAGUCUAUCACGACUUUGAGGAAGAGCAGGUUUCAAAGCUGAAAUCUAUGAUUGCUUCCAUUGAUACCUCUGAGGGACUGAAGGGAAGUGUCUUUGAAAUCUUCCUGGCUAAGAUCUACAAGCGUGACAAGUAG